CGAACCGAAGCUCCCUUUAAAAACAAUCCCUCUGCCAGUAACGCCAUCUUGAAAUAUCCCGACCUGCUCCCAGCUCCCACUCCCAGAGUCAGAGUCGAGCUGCUUUGCGCCAGGCAUGGCGGGGAGCGAGUCACAACAACUCGACACAAAUACAGGCGACCGCUCGGCUGUUUUCGCGACGCGAACUUCGCGGGCAUCCAGCUCCUCGUGCUCCAGGACAUUCCAACCCCAAAGCACGAUCCGUAGGACCGUCGACGCCGUGACCACGUGAAAGCCGUCCACCUGGCUAGAGCCAUCGGACCGUCGACGCCGUGACCACGUGAAAGCCGCCCUCCUCCGCCGCGCGCUCAGCUGUUUCCCUGCUCUGUGGCUCGUAGUGGUGGGUAUACACACGCCACUCCGACCGUAAACAACCGCGCGAGUGGGGCGAGCUCUAUCCCCCUGGAAGAAUACAGAGUCCUCGCGGAACAGAACAUGCGUUGGGCGGAUUUAUUUUUACAUUUAGGUGCUUUUUGCUGACGCUUUUAACAAAAGCGACUUACAACCAUUCAUUCAGACUUAACACACAGACGGCGGAGUCAACCACGCAGGGCGACAGCCAGCUCUUCGAGAGCAGUCAGGGUGAGGUGCCUUGCUCAGGGACUCCUCGGGACUCAGCUAGGACGAGCUGGGGAUCGAACCAGCAACCUUCCGGUUACAAGUCUACCCGCUCUACCCUCUGGGCUGAAGUCUUCUUGCUUUAUAUCCACGUCGAUCUUCCGGUCCGAAAUCUUGAGCUGACCCAUAAGUUAUUGACUUGAUUGAUUGACAGGCGGGUUGGAUGCUCUCUGGUCCACAUAACGGAGCCUCUGGCCGUACACAGGUGUAUAACAACGGCGUUACGGGACAGUGUGGGUCGGUACAGACCCUGGCAGAGGCCGGCGGUGGGUUUGACAUUGCAUUGUAAUUAUGCAUUGUACUAGAGUGUACAGGCUUGUUUGUUAUCCGGUUAAAGACUCCCACUGGAAUAAUUGAAUAUGGACUACGGGACUACUGACGGGAUACUUUGAGAAAAAGGCCACCCUCCAUCACUGAUUGGGCAAGAAAAUGCCAAGACAAUCACAAUGCUUAUUGUGCCAGACGGGUUUAUGAUCCAAUAGGUCUUGUGCCACACCGCUCCUGUUUCUUUAUUAGAUGGUACACCUCGAAUAGAAGAUGGGAGAAGCAGCCAAGCUGGCGUUUGCCGUUUUCCUCAUCUCGUGCUCUUCAGGCGCCAUCCUGGGCCGCUCGGAGACUCAGCAGUGCGCCUACUACAACACCGGCUGGGAGAAGGAGCGCACCAACCGCAGCGGCGUGGAGCCCUGCUACGGCGACCAGGACAAGCGGCUGCACUGCUUCGCCACCUGGAAGAACACGUCGGGCGUGGUGACGGUGGUGAAGAAGGGCUGCUGGCUGGACGACGUCAACUGCUACGACAGCAGCCAGUGUGUGGAGAGGAAGGAGACCCCCGACGUCUUCUUCUGCUGCUGCGAGGGCAACAUGUGCAACGAGCGGUUCCUGUACACCCCCGACAACCUGCAGCCCCAGAGCGAGUCCCACCGCCAGUUCACCGCCUACACGACCUCCAACACCUUCUCCCAGAAGCCCCAUCUCUUUAGCACCCUGCUGUACACGCUGGUGCCCAUCCCGGGGCUGACAGCUGUGGUCCUCUUCUGCUUCUGGAUGUGGCGGCAGCACAAGCUGGCAUACCCCGCCGCCCUCGUCCCCACACACCACGCCUUUCACAUAAUGGUCGAGGACCCCGGGCCCUCUCCACCGUCCCCCAUCAUGGCCCAGAGGCCCCUGCAGCUGGUGGAGGUGAAGGCCAGGGGCCGUUUCGGCUGCGUUUGGAAAGCGCGGCUCCUCAGCGAAUACGUGGCCGUCAAGAUCUUUCCAAUUCAGGACAAGCUGUCAUGGCAGAACGAGUAUGACAUCUACAGCGUGAGUGGCAUGAAGCACGACAACAUCCUGCACUUCAUGGGCAUGGAGAAGAGGAACAACAACCUGGCGAUGGAGCUUUGGCUCAUCACCGACUACCACGAGAGGGGCUCACUGACAGACUACCUGAAGGCCCACCUGCUGUCGUGGGGCGAGCUGUGUCUGGUGGCCCAGACACUGGCACGUGGCCUGGCCUACCUCCACGAGGACAUCCCCGGGCAUCGCGAAGGCCACAAGCCCUCCAUCGCACACAGGGACAUGAAGAGCAAGAAUGUGCUGCUGAAGAAGGACCUGACCGCCUGCAUCGCAGACUUCGGCCUCGCACUCAAGUUCGAGGCCGGGAAGUCGGCGGGGGACACGCACGGACAGGUGGGUACCAGGAGGUACAUGGCCCCCGAGGUGCUGGAGGGGGCCAUCAACUUCCAGCGGGACUCGUUCCUGCGCAUUGACAUGUAUGCCCUGGGCCUGGUCCUCUGGGAGCUGGCCUCACGCUGCACCGCCGCCGACGGUCCGGUGGACCAGUACAUGCUGCCCUUUGAGGAGGAGGUGGGCCAGCAGCCGUCACUGGAGGACAUCCAGGAGGUGGUGGUGCACAAGAAGCUCCGCCCCCUUCUGCUGGACUGCUGGCACAAGCACCCGGGCCUGGCCUUGCUGUGUGAGACUAUCGAGGACUGCUGGGACCACGAGUCGGAGGCGCGUCUCUCGGCAGGCUGCGUGGAGGAGCGCGUGGGCCAGAUGCGGCGCGUGGCCGCGUCCGGUGGCCUGGAGGACAUCCUGCCUGUGGUCGCCAUGGUGACCAACCUGGACACCGUUCCCAAAGAGUCCAGCAUUUGACUCAGACACGACCCAGAGGUGCUGCUUGUGAGGCCGACCCUGCUGGGUGUGCGGCGGUGCACAGCCCCCUCUUUUGCUUUUAGUCCCGGUCACUAACGCCUUGUUUCAGGUAACACCUCCGGGGCUCCGUCCCCAGCACCCGGCCUUAAGGCUCCACCCCCGACUCCUCCCUCACACCCCGAUAGCCGGUCUUCCGAUCCGUCCCGUUUGGAUCGGAGCGCCCCGAGGAGCUGGACCAUUGAGGUGCUAGACCAUUGAGGAGCGUUCCCUCGAUGGCGUACGUCUGGAUUAUCAGCGUUUCUUUUUUCCUGGACGACCGUCACUAUUCUCUUAUGUUUGACCGAACGAGUGUUCAUUUUUAUACACACACACACACACACAAACACACACACACACACACACACACACACACACACACACACACACACACACACACACACACACAGGGAGUUCUUUAACCAAGUCUUCCGGGAGUCCUGCGAUAGAUUCCUAGUGACGACCCCUGCAUACUUUGGCGGUAGGGAUGAAUGAAAAACAAUAAUGUUUGACAAUAAGUGAACAAAACAACAAAAAAACAAUCAUGCGCGACCUCCGUGAGAGGUGGGGUGGAUGUACUCUGGAGAAACCGAAGACACCACCGCUACUGAUCUGCCAACAGACGAUGGCUCUUGAAUGUUUUCUAGUGUUUAAUGCUGCUGUACAUAAUGUAUUAUGGACCCAGUUGUCAUGGUAAUCAAGCUUAUCUCAAGGGGGGGUGAGCGAGGUGGGGGGUUGUUAUGUGUGUCUGUCUGUGUUUCGGGAGCGGGUGGGUAAAACGGGGGGGUAGUGGUCCAUUGUUUUCAAGCAUAAAGACCAUUCAAACCAUAAACCUCCUUCAACCAAGGUAUACCUCAGUUCAAACGGACACAUUCAAGGAAAAGGUAAACAGACAAACGCUCCCGUGGCAACCAGUUUUAAACUGCUCGACAGUGCUCGAAGGCACAUGGGUACGAAGGCUUUAUCGGUUCCUUUUAUUCCUUUCAGUAUGAACCAAAUACAACACCAGCUGAAUGGUCAAAAAAGAAUUGCCUUUCUCUCGUGGAACGGAGACGCCCGCUUGUUGAAGGUCAAAGUCUGCGUUGUAUUUCGGGAAAGCCUGCGUGUUCCGAGGCCUGACGACGCCUUAGUUCGGAACCCGGUACCGCCCCCUCGCCGUUUCUGGUUUCUCAUUGGUCAAUCCUGGACUGGCAUACCCUCUGGCCCUGCCCUCUCCCUGUUAGCCGCGCCCUUCCAUGGAGAAAAGACUGGAAGGAUCCGUCACAUAGAACUAACGGUUUUAUUUUUAACCAACGUUUUGCUGGACUUCCCUUUUUCUUCCAUUGUUUGUUCUGGUAAAAAAACAACACACAUUACUUUCUUCUCUCCUUUCGGGAUUUCAAGACUUACACAGCGACUUUUUUUUCCUUUAGAUGCUGCUGAAUCAAGAACAAAGGACAACUCGACACACUUUGCUCUUUGGUUUGUGUCAUCUGAGUGGACUUCCUGCCUUUCCCCCCCCCCCCCCCCCCUUGCCAGGUAUUAUUAGACAAUUCAACUAACAAGUUGUGAGACGGUGAUAUAUUUCCAAAGUACCACUUUAGCAGUGACACGCGGUGGUGUGAUUUAAGAUGGAUAUUAAUAUAUUCUAUGUGUUCUGAUUUGAGGCUGUAAAGAGGUGCCAAUUUGCCGAAAAAACUAAUAAAUGCACUUUUCUACUCAAAAUCGUAAACAGAAAUGAUAUUGAGUUCCACUUACAGAGUCGCCAUUCAUUUAAGCUGUGGUUAUGCGUUUUCUUUCAGUGUCAUUGUAAGGUCAUAUUCAGUGUUGUGUUCAGUGUUGUGUUGUGUCAAAUCUCAGAUUGACUGUCCACCGCAGCAUCUUGUCUACGCUCUUUGCCUUUUGACAAGUGGGAACAAACUUCCAACCCCCUCUCGACCCUGAUCUCUGAGACUCAGUAUUUAAUUUGCAGUUGUUAGUUUGAGUAGGAGGUAUUAAGAAGCUUUUUUUAAUGGUUAUUUUUUUUACAGAGAACUGCUCAUUUGAGGAUUAACACGGUCCAUUACACUUGUAAUGAGGAAUCCCUGCUUUUAUUGAACUUAAUCAGUCGCCCAUCAAAGACAAAUUAAACCAUGCUAAUAAAAAAUUGAACGCCA